CUUUUAAGGUUUAUAGAAUAACUAUACAUAUUUUUACAAUUUAACUCAUGAGUUCCGUUGAGAUUUAACACAAAUUUUUAGAAUUUUUAAUGCUAUUAAUCCAAAAUAUUUAUAGCAGAAAAAAAAAAGAGGAAACCAAAAGCUGGUUACUUUCAUUACACAAGAUUUUAAUCCAUGGAUGUUUGUAAGAAGAAGAAAAAAAGUUAUUUUUCAAAACAAAGAGGGAGGAAAAAGGGGAAGAAAUAGUUAGCUUAUGAAGCACUUCAUAUUCUUAUUCUAUGUAUCUAAGCAGUAAGCAACAGCAAAAAAAAAAAAGAAUUAAAAAAAAAAGCAAAAUGUACAGAAAAAAAAAAAAGGAACCCACUAACAUGGAUGAGUUUAGGAUUUAAAUAUAUUCAUCCACUUUAGCAAUUUCCUUGUUUGACUCUCUCCUAUGUCAUUUUGCCUUUCUUCAUUUUUUUAAUUUGAAACUGUGUAAUAUUUGAGAUAUAACUGGAUGAGGAAAAUACUACUGUGAUUGUUUUCAUGGGAAAUACAUGCCUUAGAUCUUUCAAGGGUAAUAAUCAUUUUCAGGGCUACAAUACCACCACUGGUACCAAUUUGGCUCCAUCCAUCAGCCCCACAGCUAACACCAUGAGAAGAGCCUUUGAUCACCAAGCUCAUUUUGUUUUAGGCCGUAAGACCCCUAAUAUCCAUGAGCUUUACACUUUUGGCCGCAAAUUAGGACAAGGACAGUUUGGGAUUACUUACUUAUGUACCGAUAUUUCGACCGGGAUUGAAUAUGCUUGUAAGUCAAUAUCGAAAAGGAAGUUGAUUCGCAAGGAGGAUGUGGAGGAUGUUAGGAGGGAGAUUCAGAUUAUGCAUCAUUUGGCUGGUCAUAAGAAUAUCGUGUCGAUUAAAGGCGCUUAUGAGGAUACUUUAUAUGUGUAUAUCGUGAUGGAGUUUUGCUCCGGAGGCGAACUGUUCGAUAGAAUUAUCCAGAGAGGGCAUUACAGUGAGAGGAAGGCAGCUGAGUUGACUAAGAUUAUUGUUGGUGUUAUUGAGGUUUGCCAUUCACUCGGGGUUAUGCAUAGAGACUUGAAGCCUGAGAAUUUCUUGUUGGUUAACAAGGAUGAUGAUUUCUCACUCAAGGCAAUUGAUUUUGGACUCUCGGCCUUCUUUAAACCUGGGGAAAUCUUUAGUGAUGUUGUUGGAAGCCCGUAUUAUGUCGCUCCUGAAGUACUCCUCAAACAUUAUGGACCUGAAGCAGACAUAUGGUCUGCAGGAGUUAUACUCUAUAUAUUGCUAUGUGGCUUGCCACCGUUUUGGGCAGAAACAAUACAAGGAAUCUUCGCUGCUGUGCUAAAAGGACAUAUUGACUUCAGCUCUUACCCAUGGCCCCUAAUAUCCGAUAGCGCAAAGGAUCUAAUCCGGAAGAUGUUGUGCAUUCACCCUUCAGAACGGUUGACAGCUCAUGAAGUAUUAUGUCAUCCUUGGAUUUGUAAAAAUGGGGUUGCCCCGGAUAAGGCACUGGAUCCGGCAAUACUUUCUCGCCUCAAGCAAUUCUCGGCAAUGAAUAAAUUAAAGAAGAUGGCUUUACGGGUAAUAGCUGAAAGCCUCUCUGAGGAGGAGAUUGCUGGUUUGCGAGAAAUAUUUACAGCUAUGGAUACUGGUAAGAGCGGUGCUAUCACAUUUGAUGAACUCAAAGCCGGUUUGCAAAGAUAUGGUGCCACCUUGAAAGAUACAGAGAUUCAGGACCUUAUGAAUGCAGCUGAUGUGAGCAAUAGCGGGACCAUCGAUUACGGUGAAUUUAUAGCUGCAACAAUUCACCUUAAUAAGCUAGAGCGCAAGGAGCAUCUCGUUGCAGCAUUCCAGUACUUUGAUAAGGAUAAAAGUGGCUAUAUUACGAUUGGUGAGCUUAAACAAGUUUGUGCCGAGCUUAACAUGAAAAAUGUUUUACUUGAGGAUAUAAUCCAAGAAGUCGAUCAAGAUAACGAUGGAAGAAUCGACUAUGCUGAAUUUGUUGCCGUGAUGCAAAAAGGCAAUGCAGGAGUUGGUAGACGACCCAUGAGAAACAGUCUGAAUAUGAGCAUUAGAGAUGUGCCGGGUUCUCAAUAAUUGCUGGCCACACACAUCAUGUACAGAUUGUACAGCAAAACUGGAAAACGGAAUAUCCAGAAUGAAACUUUUUCGGCUUAACAGUUCCGGUUCCUCCGAUGUCACCCCGGACUCCCGUCACCAAAGAAAUGGUCAUGGAAAGGUUCUUUGUUAUUGGUUUAUAAUGCUAUAGGCCAGUUUGUAUGAAUUAAUGAGAAAAUAAUGUCAAUAUAGCAAUAAGAUGACCUAGAUUAGAUUUAUAAUACCUGGAUUGUAUAAUAAAUUUGUGGUUUUAUUAGUACUCCAAUUUCCAUGGACUUAAAAGUUUUAUUUACUAAGGAUCAAUCUGAAAAUUAAGAUAUAA